GGCAAACCGCAUGAUUUCACCAACUCGUACGAGAUAACGUUGUCUUGGACGUUAGGAGUUCCCUCUUGUAGGUCUAUUGGAGGUGAGGGACUACCGCUGGCCUGCAAGGAAAGGCAGGGAAGAACCCUGUCUCUUCUCCGUUCACCCUACAAGCUAACUGGGAACACGGGGAAGAUGCGGCUGAUAACGCACAACAUGCUUAAGUCCAACAUCAAGGGGGUCGAGUCAGGCUAUCCGCUGGGUAUCGAGGUCGUCAAGAUGGAGGAGCAGGAGCUAGAAUUCAAUCCGGAUUUCAUCCGCAACAUGCUGGCCAAGCUGGAAUGGGAUGCGUUCAGGGCGGCCGCGACUGCUCUCGAGGCCGGGGAGGAAUUGCCUGAAGAGGUUACAGAGGAGAUGAUGGGAGACGAGGAGGUGCUGCGAAGAGUUCAUCAUGCCCUCAUGGAGGUGCACCUGGUAGAGGGCGAGCUUGUCUGCCCCGAGACGGGCCGCAAGUUCCCUGUGAGACAAGGCGUGCCCAACAUGCUUCUGCAUGAAGACGAGAUAUGAGGCGGGAAACACGCUUCGCAAUGGGACAGUUGAGAGACGUCCCGACCACGGAAAAUCGUAAGAGGCAUGUACAUCCCCCCCCCCGCGUCGGAGGCCACAGCGCUGCAGGGGCGGAGGGCGCGGGGGGGGACGACUGCCGGG